AUGAGUCCAGUUUCCCUCAACGACGAUGUUCUCCUCCUCGUCGUUGCCUGUCUCGAUCCCCUCGAUGCCCUCCGUCUGUCCGAAACCAGCCGCCAUCUCCAUCUCAUCGCGCUCCCGCAGGCACUUUCAGCUGUAACUCUCACGGGGCACGUCGAGCUCACAGCGUUCUGCAGGUCCAUGCUUAGUCGCCCGUCGAUCCACAUACUUCUUGUGCGCCGCCUCCGUAUUGCGCUUACCGACAACAACUUUUCCAGUGCGCCACUCCUCGCGGACGUCCUUCAGCGAGCUGGUAGACUGCGGUCCAUAAUCAUGCUUCAGUCAGAAAACUUCAUCGAGGCCGAACCACGCAUCGGCGAUGCUCUCGCUGCGCUCGAGGAACUUGAGGUUGUCUACCUGCUUGGUUGUCACGAGCGUGUGCGAGAAAUGCUCCAUCGGCUUCGCAGUAGGCCACGCAAAGUCAUACUUAGCUCCUCUCCACCAUACCCUCACCUCGUUCUUUAUCUCUCUCGACUCUCAGCUCUGCAGCACACAGUGAAGCUCGGAUUAUCCAAGGUUACGGUCAAAGAUGAACCCCCGCCUGGCGAACUCGCUGGGCAGCUGCAAGCGCAGUGGGAUGCGCAGUAUCUGAGCCUCUGGGACGCUGAGAUUCCAGUGUCUUUUUUUUCUAGUAAGGUCCCCAAGCUUAGAGCUGUGGUGCUACGACAGAGCAAUAUCACAGUGCCGGCAUCAUCCUUACCAGGCACAGCCACCUUCUUGCCGUUGCGCACUGUCCGCCAUAUGACACUCGACAUGUCAUGGAUAGACGUAGACACGACAGAAGCAGAUGUUGUGCGUGCGCUGCAGCCGCUGCAGUGCAUGCCGCCUGUAGCGCUUUCGGUGCAGGCCGGCGUAAACUCGACGCACUAUUUAUGGGAACGCCUCGCUGCGUUCGGCACGCAGAUCAAGUAUCUCGACGUGGAUCUAAACUGUGUGCAACGGGAAGCGCGUAGCCUGUUCAUCUACUUCCUGUGCACGGUACCCCAACUCCUUACUCCCCUGAACAUUGUCUGUUUCCGCAUCUCUGCGCGGUCGAUGUCGGACGAGGUGAUCCAGAAGGUUCUUCAGUUGCAUAUACCCUCUCUGCGCUACCUUGCUGUCAAGUCCUCACACUGGUACAUGAACGAGCAGACUGACAGUGGCGCGUAUACAUUGUGGAGUGCAGAGGGGCCUGGGGAUGCGCGGCUGUUCGUGAAAAUGCCACCCGAGACUGGAGAGGCGAUUCACGAGCGCUUCUGCUCUGUGGCACUCGAAGAGAUAUGA